AUGGUGACAGAUCCUACAACAACAAUACCAUUACGGCCCUCACCCCACCAACACGACCUCCGAGUCCACACCUUCAAGUCCCACGGUCCCAUCCUGCCACACGACCAAAUCCUCCACCAAUGCACAACUCACUUCCUCGCCCUCCUCGAUACCGAGAUCUCUGACAGACUCAUGGCCCAACUCUCACGGCUCGUCAUGAUGUUACCCGUUAUUGGUGUCGAGACCCGAGCAGUGAUUCGGACCAAGGUUGGAGAGGUGAUGGGGUCGGUUGUGGGCGGGUUGAAGCAUUAUGAGGCUAUUGAGAGGGUUAUUCGGUCGGCUCUUGAUGAUGCUGGUGGGCUGCAGUUGUUACAAUUGGCGCCACCAACGAAGGAGUCAAGUCUUGGUGGCGGGAACAGCCCGAGGGGAGGGAGGGAGGAUGAUCUGUUUGUGGUGGAUGAUAGUAGGAAUGACCAGAUCUCGGAGUACGAUGAUGUCGACGACUUUAGCGGCGUCAACAACAGUAACAGUAACAACAACAACGGCGAAACAGCAACGACGACAGGAAUGAUUGACGAGAGUCAGAUCCCAGUCAUAACCGAUAUCGCCAUGGAAGCCGUGCUUGACUAUAUGGCCGAGAUCCUCACCCCGAGCCUGGUCAUCCAUCAAUUGACCGAGGCCAUCCAGGGCGCCUUGUUUGAGAUCAGCAAGCAGCGGAAGGCUCUUCAACGGAUCCGAAGGGAGCGUCAUAGUGAUGGUGGUGACGAUGAGGAUGGGUAUCUGGACGAUGUUAACGAGGCGGAUUUGGACCUGGAUGAUCUGAGUAGUCAGGCGGCUUUGAGGGGAGGACGACCUACUGCGGAUCGACAUGGUGUGGAUCUGUUGAGCGAUGGGUGGGUCUGGUCUGGACCUUCUUCCAGAGACAAGGACAACAACCGCGAUGGCGCCAGAAUUAUCAGCAGCCUACUCGAGGAAGAUGAAGAAGACGAGGAUGACGACCCGCGAGGCCAGGAUGAAGAUAUAUGGGACAAGGAUAUGGAGACCCAUCAGUGGGACUCGACUGGUCGGUUGUUCGAUGACUUUGAAGAUGACGAUAAUCUCCUCAAUAACGAAUCAUCCCAGACCGUCAUGGCAAAACCGUCAAAGGCAGCAGGCUCCACAGAGCAGGACAAAGAGAACUGGGACAUGGCAGCCGGCACGUUAGGAGACGAUGAUGGUGACGAUGGAGAAGGCGAGGAAGAUGGCGAAUCCUCGGACCCGUACUCGAUUGGGAUCCGGGGCAGUGAUGAAGGUACUGGAAACGAUAACGACAACGGCGACGGCGCAGAGGAUGAUGAAGACGGCGACUACCCGAUGGCAGAUACAAGUGAGGAUUAUGGACGGGAACGGUACCUACAGCAGUCGUACUUCAACCGGUUCCAGAAACGCGGCCUCUUCGCCCCUCCUCCUUCUCAACGCGACACUACCAGACAAACAGAACCUCAAAAUCCAGCAAUAGUAGCAGAUGUUGAAGCACCAUCCCUCCAAAUCAUCGUCGACAACCCCAAACCCACCACUGCCUCAACCACGACAACGAGAAGUAUCCGUCGCCCAAACCUGACCCCGGACCUACGCCUCGAGAACUUGCUGACACAGUUGAUCGAGCCCCUGUUGACGACAUUCAUCGAGGAAGACUUUCCCGCGAGCUGUAAGCGAGUCCAGGGCGAGCUGAUGGACGGAAUCAUUUGGUCGCUGGAUCAGAGUGAGCUCAAUGGCGGGCAUGAUGGACUGGAUAGCGAUGAGGAGCGGAUGCUCCUUCUUUCCGAGUUAGAAUACUAA